AUGUAUAAAUAUGGCGUUGCAGACAGGUCGCUACGCUUUCUACUCCCAGUCGCUCUUUGUUUGACGAUCUAUCUGUAUCUAUAUCCACUCUUUCACGGAUGUGUCUUUCCAGCGACGGAUGGGUCGACGACGUCGUCCCUUAUCGACACAGUCAGGCGACACCUCCCCAUCGACCACGCCAUCGACACCAGCAGUAACUCUCUGACCGCGCCAUUCCGGCUGCUGGCCCUUGCUGAUCCUCAGCUUGAGGGAGACAGUUCCCUUCCCAAACCCGACGAUGCCUUCAUACCUACCCUCAGACGACGCUGGGCGCACCUGCCCACCACCGGGCUCCACAACAUAUCGCCUUUUCUGGAGCUAGCUCGAGAGGUGGUCUUUCAAGACGUUCCGGAAGCACUGGGGGCGCUGCGCAAGCGUAUUGACCUCUUCGGCAAUGACUACUACUUGGGCCACAUAUAUCGCACACUGCACUGGUGGACACAGCCUACCCACGUCGCCGUGCUUGGAGAUCUCAUUGGCAGUCAAUGGGUCACUGACGCUGAGUUCGAGUGGAGAGGAUGGAGGUUUUGGAAUAGGGUCUUUGCGAAGGGCCACAGAGUUGAAGACGAUAUCACCCUUUUGGACGGCGAGGAACAAGAAAGGAUCUUUGAGCUGGGGGACGCAAGCUGGACAACCCGAACCAUAAACAUCGCUGGCAAUCACGAUAUUGGCUAUGCGGGGGACAUCUCUCGAACCAGGAUGGACAGGUUUGAGAGAGUCUUUGGCAAAGCCAACUGGGAUGUUCGCUUUCAGUAUCCGAGGUCCAACGCCACACUUGUUACACCAGAGGUAGGGGCAACUUCACAUCCGUCGCUGCAUCUUAUUGUCCUCAACAGUCUCAUCCUGGACGGCCCUGCGUUGUCAGACGAUCUCCGUUCGGAAACGUUUGAUUAUCUGAACGGCCUCAUCAACCACCGUUUGCGCCCUGUAGAGGAUCGAUCGUCUUUCACUCUUCUGCUGACGCACCUUCCCCUGCACAAGAAGGAGGGGACUUGUGUUGAUGCUCCAUUCUUCGACUACUGGCCGGACGACGAUGGUGGCGGGGUGUACAAGCCUCACGGCAUGAGGGAGCAGAACCAUCUGAGCGAGGAAGCAAGCCAUCGAGGCACCCUGCAGGCUUUGUUCGGUAUGACUGGUGACCGUGACGCGCCAGCUCAAGGCAAGGGAAGAAACGGCUUAAUUGUGACCGGUCAUGAUCAUGAAGGUUGUGAUACCUGGCACUUUGUCCCUGCAGAUUCUGCUUGGUCAACAUCCGAGGACCAACACGAGGAUAAAAGAGAGACACUCUGGGAUGUGUCCAAAUGGGAGCACGCCAACCAAGCCACAUCUCACACUGGAGUGCGCGAAGUCACCCUUCGAAGUAUGAUGGGAGAUUAUGGCGGCAACGCAGGACUCCUAAGUGCUUGGUUUGAUCAGGGAGAGGGAGAGUGGAAGUAUGAAAUCCGAAUGUGUGGUCUGGACAUCAAGAUGUGGUGGGCGGUCCAUGUCAUUGACCUUGUCGUCCUGGGUUUGUCUUUGUUCAGCCUCUUCACCCACAGCCUUCACCUUCACGCCGGGUCUGGUACGGGCAGCAGAGCUGUUGCUUCACCACGCGAUGUCAAAACAACAAAGUAA